AUGAACCCGUCUUCUCAUAUGCGCACAAGUGAACAAAACGUAGCCUUUUUGGAAGCCAAGAUUGAUCGAUUGACAAAUCAAUUAAGCAAGGUUGAAAAUGAUCGUAUUGUCUCAUUACAACGUGAAGUGUCAAUAUUAAGACAGUUGCUUGAUCUUCAAAAUGUAAAAUUGGAUAAGGUGACGUCGUUAUUGACCGAUUUGGUGACCCAGAUGAUGAGCAGGAGAGGCAAAUUACCAGGCGAGGAUGAAGUAUUGGAAUUGAGAGCACAAGGUGAAACUUCAGAAGCUGAUGAUGACGACGAGUCAGUGUUACGCUCAAUACGUGCGUUUCAAGAGAGUGUCAAUGUAAGUGAUUUGCAACGACACGGUAUACAACAGCAAAUCAACCACCAUGUAAAUCAUUUGCAAACACAGCCACACAUGGCUCAUCAAAUUUCGAUGCAACGUAGACAGCACCUUUUGAAUCAAACUACUGCAUCUGAUCACCUCGGGAGAGCUUUAGAUAACAAUAUGGACCCCGAGUUGCAUCAUGUCUCAACUGUGGUGCCCAACGAUCGGCACGAUAUACUGUCUCGUCAAGUCCAACCACAACAACAACCACAACAACAACCACAACAACGACAAGCUCGCAGGCAACAAGAAGCGGGUGAUGAAAUGCCAAUCAAACAAAAGACUAGGGGUAAAAAGAGAAAGAGAGGUGGUGUAAGUGAAGAAAUAAACUCAAUACUUUCUGAGGAGCCGGUUUCAUCGAAGAAGGAUCAAAGCACGGACCAAAAAUCGGAUGGUAAGGUACAUAUUGAGUUCAUUCACAAUCCUACCACAGUUCGUGAAAUAUAUGAUGAAUUUUUCAAAGGAUUCAAAGGUCAAGGACCACUUUGCGAGAUGGAUGAAAAAUAUGGUAAGCUUAAUUGGAGGGGGGAUUCUCGAUCCAAAGAGAGUAAACGUUAUCAAAGAAGAAAGCGUUUAUGUGACGCUAUAAAGAGGGGCAGCUAUAAGUACAACAAAACAGAUGACGAGAUGAUUGAAUAUUUGGAAAAUUUUCGUAAGGAAAAGUCUUUAACCUGGGUUAUGAACGGCCAUAUUCCGGACGACCUUAAAGAGUGA